GGAAAAUUUGGGUUCUCUUGAUAUCACAAUCAACAAACGCGAUGCGAUCGACAACAACAAAGGGGAUCGCUGCAAAGAUCCAGUCGACCAUUUCCCACGUAGGAGUGAUGAGUGUGACCCUUGAGUUCUCCUAUGGACAAACAUGAAGACGCCAUGGGAGCAGAAGAAGAAGAAGAAGAAGAAGAAGAAGAAGAGGAAGAAGAAGAAGAAGAAGAAGAAGAAGGAGGAGGAGGAGGAGGACGAAGAAGAAGGAGGAGGGGGAGAAGGAGGAGGAGGAGAGGGAAGAAGAAGAAGAGGAAGAAGAAGAAGAAGGAGGAGGAGGAGGAGGAGGAGGAGGAGGAGGAGGAGGACGACGACGAAGAAGAAGGGGGAGNNGACGAAGAAGAAGGGGGAGGGGGAGGGGGAGAAGGAGGAGGAGGAGGGGGAAGAAGAAGAAGGAGGAGGAGGAGGAAGAAGAAGAAGAAGAAGAAGAAGAAGAAGAAGAAGAAGAAGAAGAAGGAAGAAGGAAGAAGAAGGAAGAAGAAGAAGGAAGGAAGGAGGAAGAAGAAGGAAGAAGAAGAAAAAGGUGGGUAGGAAAUGGAGAAAAUGCUCUUCACAGG